AUGGGCCAAAAUCUCCAUCGACAGACGUCGUCUCUCAGGAGUAGGAGGGUGUCAUGCAGUUUGAAAAACAAUCUGGACACGCUCACAACAAAACCCAAGAAUGUCCGGAUUACACACAUACUUUUCACACCACGUGGGCUCUUCUCUUCAUGCUCUAUAUCCACCAAGUCCAAGACACUCUGUAGUCGUGCCACUCUUACCUGUCAUAUCAUAUAUGUAUACUCGAGGGUGCGUCGUAAAAUGGAAGGUGGACGACCAAGACCUACGCUAGAUACUCGCUCAAUUAUGGGUGCCUUGCUUGAAAGGCUGCUGCAGCCAACUUGCAGUGAGCUACCCCGCAAAGGCGCCCGCCGUUCAUGUCAGGGGCUGAGGUUGGCUGUCAUCAUCUCAGCUGGUAUUGGUCCCCUAUUCUACACGAUUCGUAGGUUCGAGAGAGAUACUAGUAUAUAA